UAUAAGGCAUUUUCUUUCCCUCCAUCGCAAACAAACCCAGUAAACCCCUACAAAACAAUUCGCAUAACACAAAGCGCAGUGUUGAGUUUUUCUCCACUCCCCCCAAACCCGAAAAUGUGAAAAACAAAACAUGUCACUGAGGCAAUUCAUCAAACACCUUCAACCCAUUCACAUCACACCCAAAAAACUCUCACCAUUUCCCUUUCUCUUCACUCGUUCUCUUCAAACCACAACCCAAACCCUCCACCAAGACCAAUACCAAGAUCCACAAUCUCUUCUCAAACAAGACCCAAUCGAAAUUUGCACUUCUCUUUGGGUCAAAACUUUCUCUUCCCCAAAAACCACUUCAUUCCCAUAUCUCACCGGUUAUCUCUCCAAUUUCGAUCUUUGGGUCUUCUCUUAUCAACGUUCUUGUGCUCAUGUCACCGGAACUUUCCCUCCUAGAAACGCCAUUCACACCAAUAUCCUACGCGAUCUUCUUUCUUUGCGAAACGCAGUUAUUCGCGGUCGUUUUGUUUGGGAUGAUAAAACUCAUCAAUUGCUUAAACCCCCAAAUGAUAAAACCUACAAAAAACCAUUAUCAAAACGGAAAUUUCAAGUUUUUCUUGAUUCUAAUGAGACUUGUUUUCAAGAUAGGGUUGUUCAGGAGGUUCUGUUGAGUAUUCUGGAACCGGUUUUUGAACCUAAGUUUUCUCCGAAAUCGCAUGCUUUUAGACCGGGGAGAAAUGCACAUACUGUUAUUCGUAGUAUUCGGAGUAAUUUCGCAGGUUAUUUGUGGUUUUUGAAGGGUGAUUUGAGUGAAAUUUUUGAUAGAGUUGAUACUGAUGUUGUGAUGGAAUGUGUUGAAAAGGGUACUAGAGAUAAGAAAGUUUUGGGUUUGAUAAAAUCGGCAUUGAUGGGUCGUGUGUCACGGAGAGUAGUGGAAGGUGAGGUUUUGAAGAAAGAUAAGAAGAGGAAAGCUACUAAGAAGAGGAUUCUUAAAGAGAAUGAACCGAAACCGGAUCCUUAUUGGUUAAGAACAUUCUUUAGUUUUGCUCCUGAGGAAGCUGUUAAGGUACCUUGUUAUGGUCAUUGUGGGAUUUUAAGUCCAUUGCUUGCUAAUGUUUGUCUUAAUGAAUUGGAUCAUAUGAUAGAAAAAAUGGUUGUUGAGUUUUUUAGACCUUGUAAGUUUGAUUCUAUAUGGAAAUAUUCAAUUGAUGAUGCUUGUCAUAACCCUGCUUGGCCUGAGUUUGUUCCGUCGAGUGGUAAAGAGAAAACUAGGAAGAUGGAUUACAUAAGAUAUGGUGGUCAUUUUUUGAUUGGGAUUAGGGGUCCUAGAGAGGAUGCUGUUGAAAUUAGGAAGAAAAUUGUUGAGUUUUGUGAGAAUAGUUUUGGGAUAAGGUUAGAUAAUUCCAAGUUGGAGAUUGACCAUAUUGCAAGGGGUAUUCAGUUCUUGGAUCAUAUAAUAUGCAGAAGGGUGAUACAUCCAACCUUGAGAUAUACAGGUUCUGGAAGUAACAUAGUGAGUAAGAAGGGUGUGGGAACUUUGCUUUCGGUUACUGCUAGCUUACAACAAUGCAUUCGUCAGUUUAGGCGGAUUGAGCUUGUUAAGGGUGAUAAAGACCCCGAGCCACUUCCGUGUAAUCCGAAUGUUGUAUUCAGGUCAAGCUCAUACAAACUCACAGAUGAAUAGGUUCCUUGAGACAAUGACAUAAUUUGUUCAAAUGCACAAUUUGUAUAUUUUGUUUUGACGAUAUUUUCUUAAUAAUAUAUAAAUAUUGGUAAUUUAUAUACACUAUUUGGAUGAAUUUAUGAGUUAUGUGGUUUCUUCAAAUCGAUGGUUCUCCAUUUGUAAGAUUUUAUUUUCCGUAAUGAAAACAGAUCUGGAUG